UCGACCCAGUCCUAAAGAGACUCAGAUUGCACCACUGCCUACACCCAAUACGAUACCAAUAGAGAAUGACAGUACUGAACUUGUGCCAGUCUCAUCAAAUCCCUUUUUACCAUCAACAACAGCAGCCAUUGCCUCUACAGGAACACAUCGAAGAGGCAAAUCUAAUUUAGAAUAAUUUUUCUUUUCUUUUCUUUAUUUCCAAUGGUUCAAUUCUUAAUGGAUACUUUUGUUCAACAUGUGUCAGAACUAGAUCAGCUUCUUUUUCAAGAUGGACAAGAAAGACUCUUGAAAGAAAUAGAUGACUUUAUUGAUCAGUUUGAGACAAGGCAAGACUUGUUUGAUACAGCAGCUAAAAUGUAUGCUCAGUUGACUGUAUGUGAUAAAAAACUGAAUAGUCUCAAGACAGUUGAGUUGGAUACGACUCUAGAUAAACUACAUCAAACACAGCAUAGACUUGAUCAGUUAUUAUCAAAGACAGAACCCAGGACAGUCCAUCUUGAAGAAAAGAGACAAGCAUUUUUAACGCAACAAACAGAGCGUAAAAGACAGAUAGAAGCACAGAUCACAAGAGAAUCAGAUAAAAUAGAUGAAUAUUAUGCUAAAAAGACAAGAGAAUCCAUCUAUAGGAAUUUAGUGGGUUCAAAUCAAUGGUUGUCAUUGGAUAAAAAAUGAAUACGCAUACUUGUACACUUGACAGAUAUUAAAAUUUUUUUUUUUUCUUUCUUUCUCUUUUUAAAUAAUAAUAGUAAUAUGCUUCCACUUUCACUUUUAUAUACAGCUGCAGGUCAUCCUAUGCUUGUUGAACUCAAGAGUGG